AAAUGAUACCAUUCGAUGUAUUCUAUCCGCCCAUUCCCCAACAACAGCCACCUGUUGAAGUUGAACCUUUGAUUUGGACUGUCGACCCUUCGAGCCUUGACCAAGAUAAAAAAUCCCAUUCCUUGCAGAAACCACGCGCAACGAGCUUUUCUUUCCUUUCCUUUUCGACGCUGUCUCCACACUCGAAGACGAAAUCGACCUUCGCUACCUUGACUUCGCGUGCGAAUCCGUUCAUCCCACAACUACCACAUUCACGUCUUUCUCGUGCUUUAUCCCAAACCAUAAAUGAAACAUCAUAUCCUCCACGAUCCAUUUUAAUUGUGAACAAGCUUCGAACUGAGCCUGUGAUUGGGGCAAUUGAUGAACUACUGGAUCAUGUAGCGAAGACGUAUCCGGGUGUGAAAGUGUUCUCUGAAGACCGCCCAGACAUUCCAUUCGGCGCACAAGUGUGGCGGCCUCAUGCCGAGAAAAUUGAUCUUGUCGUGACUCUUGGAGGUGACGGUACCAUUCUCCAUGCUGCGUCACUCUUCAGUCUUGCAGCGGUCCCUCCUGUGCUAAGUUUCUCAAUGGGCAUUGGGCACCCUUGGCUUUCUCCUUCCAUUCCAUAUCGAUGGCUUGUGAAAGGGCUCGAAGCAGUGUUUCAGGGCAAGGCAACCAUCCUCAAUCGCAUGCGUUUGUCGUGCAUGUUCUAUGACAAGGAUCGCAAAAAAAUAGGGUUCGGUGACGAUGAAUGGCAAGUCACGAAUGAGAUUGCGCUACACCGUGGGUCAAGUCCACACCUUAAUACCAUCGAUAUUGUGUAG